GAAGAAAGAAAGUAUGUUUGUGAUAUCUGUGGUAAGGACUUCACCAGACCUUACAACCUCAAGUCGCACUUGAGAACACAUACGAACGAACGUCCGUAUGCCUGUCGGAAGUGUGGCAAGAGAUUUGCAAGACAGCAUGAUCGUAAAAGACAUGAGGACUUGCACAGCGGAGAAAAAAAGUUUCAAUGUAGGGAAUGGGGGUGCAACAAGCGGUUUGCACGUACAGAUGCUUUGCGAAGACAC